UUAAUAGAACAACCUGGCAACCCAAAAGUCAAUGACUUAUGAUAGAUAUGCAAAUAAGUACAUAAAAAAACAACUUAACUUUUACUGGCCUGUUACCAUGAACAAUGAUUGAUGCAUUUUGUCUCUGCAGUGGCGUGGGGCUCGUGGUACGACCAUGUGAAAGGUUACUGGAAGGAGAGAGAGAAGAGGAACAUCCUGUACCUCUUCUAUGAGGACAUGAAAGAGAAUCCUCGGCGCGAGGUGGAGCACAUCAUGAAGUACCUGGACCUGUCGCUCUCGGAUGAGGUCAUCAGCCGGAUUGUGGAGCUCACUUCUUUUGAGAUAAUGAAGGAGAACCCCAUGGCCAACUACUCCUGCAUCCCAACGCAUGUUUUUGAUAACUCCGUCUCCCCCUUCAUGAGAAAAGGUCAAGUGGGGGAUUGGAGAAACCAUUUCACACCCGAGCAAUCAAAGAUGUUUGCCGAAGAUUAUGACAAGAAGAUGAAGGACGUCAAUAUACCAUUUAGGACCCUCAUCUAAAGGAUGUUGGGUUUUAUACCAAACUAAUGCCGCCUUAUAAACCAAAGAAUGACGUACUGAUUCAGGGAAGACAGAAAUACUGUCAGAAAAUUUGACAGGAGCUCAAAACCAAACCAGCAGAGUAAAAAUAAAUAAGUUUCAGCUCAGGUGUUAAUUGCUAGUGUUUAGAUUAAGAGGAAAACCAUUCAAAAGUAUGUUUAAAGAAUAAAUAAAAAUGCGCUCCGUGAUACAAGGACGUGAGUUUUUAAUCAUCACUUUAUUGCAGCUUAUCACGUAAACAAUAUAUAAGACCAAAAGUGUUGUGACUGAGUGGACAUGCCCAUUUUAUGACAUGACACCUCCAACAGUCUGUUUGCAUAGAGCCCGUAGAGAGCACUUGCAGCUGGAGGCAUGUGCUUUUUCUGCCCAUAUGAAGUCCUUUUGCAACCCUACACCACACUGUACAAAGCCCAGCCAGAGAAGGGAGGCUGCACGAGACACGAGCAACAAAGACUAGAAUAAAAGUAAUGAGCUGGAAAGUCAAUCAUAUGAAAAUGGACAGAGGACA